CAUGUCUAGCCGCUUCCGGGACAGCUUGGGGCCCGGUCACUGCCGGCCGUAGGGGGCGGCCAUUUUCCCCAAGAGUGGAGCCGCGGGCCCUCCUGCUGGCGGCGGCGGCGGCCACAGCGACCGAGCGGCGGAGCCUUGCGGGCGGGCACGGCCUCUGCGUCGGGGCUGAGGAGCGGGAGAAGCGCCUGUGGUCGCCGCCGCCGUCCCCGCAGGGAGGAUGUUUUCCUUCUCCACCGUGCAGCCGCAGGCUACUGUUCCCCUGAGUCACCUUAUCAAUGCCUUUCAUUCACCAAAAAGCUCCACUACUGCCAGCAGAGCAUCCGUGCAGCCUGUCCAGAGGGACACCUCCCCAGAGCAUGAUCCUCUCAAGAGUGAGUCUGUACUUAAAUUAAGAGAUCUGGGAUUGAAAGCUAACCAGUUCAAAGAGUUGGUGAACAGGUUGCUUCCUGGCUUUGGUGCAGAAAACAAAGUCUCUUCACAGUGGCACACAUCGUACAUCUCUGCUGAGUCCUUCUUUGAAAAUAAGCAUGGUUUCGUGGAUGCUUUCAGUGCUUUGCGCUCAUCUUGUUUGUACGGACAGCAUCCUAAUCCUCUCCAAAAUUUCUGUUCAGAUGUUCGGUGUUGGCCAGUUUACAUACAAUCACGGACCUUUAAGACUUUGAGAUCAAGAGCAAGACGUCUGCAGUCAACAUCUGAACAACUCACAGAAACAAGAACCUCACUUUCUUCACUUUUGAAGGGCUUUUUCCUGAGAAAGCGAAGAAUUGAUGUUGAAAACUUGGAUGCGCUAAUGAAAACAAAAAACAUCCCAGAGGCACACCAGGAUGCUUUUAAAACUGGUUUUGCAGAGGGCUUUCUGAAAGCACAAGUGUUCCUGCAAAAAACACUUGAUUCCUUAAGAAGAUCACGUUUGCUUUCUUUCUUUCUCUUCGUUCUUUGUUUUUAUCUUGCUGUAUAUUCAUCAUUUUUACCUGGGAAAGGCUCCUUUUCUGAUGCUGUACGCUUUCGAACAUCGAGUAUCUUUGAUGCAGCAGUUGAUCCAAUCCAGUUGAAAAAUGUCACCUUUGAACAUGUAAAAGGGGUUGAAGAAGCUAAACAAGAAUUGCAGGAAGUUGUGGAAUUCCUGAAAAACCCACAUAAAUUUACUGUACUGGGAGGUAAACUUCCAAAAGGAAUUCUGUUAGUUGGACCACCUGGUACUGGUAAAACUCUUCUUGCAAGGGCUGUAGCUGGUGAAGCUGAUGUUCCAUUUUAUUAUGCAUCUGGAUCUGAGUUUGAUGAGAUGUUUGUUGGUGUCGGAGCUAGUCGCAUCCGGAGCCUAUUCAGGGAAGCAAAAGCAAAUGCACCAUGUGUUAUAUUUAUUGAUGAGUUGGACUCUGUUGGUGGGAAGAGAAUUGAAUCUCCAAUGCAUCCCUAUUCAAGACAGACCAUUAAUCAACUUCUUGCUGAAAUGGAUGGGUUUAAACCUAAUGAAGGUGUUGUUAUUAUUGGUGCAACAAACUUCCCUGAAGCAUUAGAUAAUGCUUUAAUACGUCCUGGUCGCUUUGAUAUGCAAGUUACUGUUCCCAAGCCUGAUGUGAGAGGUCGUACAGAAAUUCUGAAGUGGUACCUUAAUAAAAUAAAGUAUGAUCCAUCUGUUGAUCCAGAAAUAAUUGCUCGUGGCACAGUGGGAUUUUCUGGAGCAGAGCUUGAGAAUCUUGUAAAUCAAGCUGCCUUAAAGGCAGCUGUUGAUGGAAAAGAUAUGGUAACCAUGAAAGAACUGGAAUUCUCCAAGGACAAAAUUCUAAUGGGACCUGAACGUAGAAGUGUGGAAAUUGAUGAGAAAAACAAAACCAUCACCGCUUACCAUGAAUCUGGACAUGCUAUCAUCGCGUAUUAUACUAAGGAUGCAAUGCCCAUCAACAAGGCUACAAUCAUGACACGAGGAACGACGCUUGGACAUGUGUCUUUGCUCCCAGAAAAUGACAGAUGGAGUGAAACUAGAUCCCAGUUGCUUGCACAGAUGGAUGUCUGUAUGGGAGGAAGAGUAGCAGAAGAGCUCAUAUUUGGAAGUGAUCACAUCACAACAGGUGCUUCCAGCGAUUUUGACAAUGCUACUAAAAUUGCAAAACUGAUGGUGACUAGAUUUGGAAUGAGUGAGAAGCUUGGUGUUAUGACCUAUACUGAUUCGGGCAAACUUAGCCCUGAAACUCAGUCUGCAAUUGAACAGGAAGUAAGAACACUUCUACGGGAUUCAUACGAGCGAGCGAAGAACAUCCUGAAGACUCAUGCAAAAGAACACAAGAAUUUAGCAGAAGCUUUAUUGAAAUAUGAGACUUUGGAUGCCAAAGAAAUCCAAAUUGUUCUAGAGGGGAAAAAACUUGAAGUAAGAUGAUAACCUCUGUGAUACAGCAACUGAUAAUUUGAAGAAUGUACAUCUAACAAUGCAGUAGUCUUAUGCAGCAUAGCAUUUUUUUCCCUUCCUGAUGUGUGUAUGGCAUUAGUGACACUUCAAUAUUAUUCUGUCUCUUGCGAGCUUAUGUUACUCAUCUAUUUGUUGUGUCUCAUUAGAACAAGACAGAAAAUAAAACAAAUUCCUCAUCCUCUGCUCCCUAUACUCUUUCCACAAGAAGUUAUUUAGAAAGAUGAAUCCCAGGGUUGAAUUCAGCAUUUUGGUUCAGUCAAAUGUGUCGAAGCUGAGAAGAAAAACAUGCAGCCCCAGUGGUGAGUUUUGGCACAGCCUCCUGGGCCGUGCUGCUACAUGUGCAUUUGACACUAUACCCCACAAUGUGUGCUAUGGCGUGUUUCAUGGGUUUCAUGGGUGACAGAUUGGUUUGAAAAACAGCAGUAUGUUGUCUAACUAAUGCUCAUACUCUGUUUGAGACCAGAGAUCACUUUUAAAGAAGACUCACUUAGAAAUGUAACAAAACAUCUCUAAGAAUGAGGCAGCUACGCAGCACGUUUCUGUUAAAGGGAGUUGUGGGAGCUCUAUGUUAGGCAAAAACAUUAGGUUGUGUUUCCAGUGCUUUUGGGGCUAAAUACACACAUGUAUGGCUGAGAGUGAAAUUUUAAUGCUAAACCAAUAGGUUAAACACAUCUGAGCCUCUUUGGACCAUGUUUUGGGCAGAACCAUGGCAGGGAUAAGAGAAAUACCGAUGACCUCUGUGCUGCUGACAAGAUUCUACAUAUUUUUUAUGACUGCAGUAGAUGGAUAUCAGUGCUUUGACAGCGCUAUUGCACUGCUGGAUAUUCUACAGAAGUAGUUUCUACUAGUAUGGGCGUUAGAUAAUCCAGCAGAUAAUUUCUUCAAAGAGGGCAAUAUUGCUCACUAGAAAGUAGUUCAGAAAAUGUUUGAAGCAUGUGUUGUUUCAAGUAACAUUCCCAGUUCUGUUCUACCGUAGAAGUAGGGAUAUAAAACCUUUUCUUUCAACCAUUACAGAAAUCUCUGGAAAUGUUAAGAUAAUAGAAAAAAGUUUUUGAAAACAAAAGCAGUUUCCAAUCAAGUGGAAGUGAUUGCUAGCAAUUCUAUGCCAGUAUUCUUCUGAUCUCAUGGAGCUGGUUUUUAGGAAUGACACAUCUUGCUGUAAUCUUUCUGCACAAUUAAUUGUAGACUCUUGGGACUAUAAACUUCUGUUGCAGAGAGGGCCUUUAUUAGUGUGUUAAUGUGGAAGGUUACCAUACUGGGACAUUAAAAUAGUUGGGCUGGUGCCAAUAAAUGAGUGGAAAUUAGUAGCUACACUUAAAACUAGAAGUAACAUAGUAUUUUAGAAUUUUCUGAGUGUAACGCUUGAUGAUAACCUAGGGGUUUUUUAAGUAAGAUCACAUGCAUUUCUUUUUUUUCUUUCAAAACCAGGUUAACUUUCUAUUUGCCUGUUUUUGUGAGCUUACUAUAGUGGCAUCCCAGUGCAGUGGGGGAGAACUUCCAGAUGUUAUAAACCAGUAUACCAAAUGUCUAAGCUGACCAGUUACAGUUGUACAUGUAUUUUAGAAAUAUGCCAACAGAAACAGAAAUAUACUGCAUAUUUGGCAUCUCUUUUGGAGUAAUAAAGGUUAAUUUUAAUUAUGCAUAUUGGUUUUCCUUUUAUUCACUGUAAAUUGUUAUAAAUUGUAAUACCAAGUUCCCUACUAUGUAAAUUGAAAUGUAUAAAACAUUUAAACUUGUAAAUAAAUUUAAGAAUUAUGGCAAAAA